AUGGGAUCGAGUCCUAGAGUUCAGAAUUUCAAACGUCCCACCGUACUUCACAAGGGACAGAGGUGAGCAUGCAAUGGUCUUGACAGCUGAUCAGUCGGACUAUUCAGAAGCCGUCUGCCGGCCACGUACAUUGCUCCAGAAGAAGUCUCCAUCUGGGACAUCAUCAAACCGAAUCUCGGCAAAGACUUUUCCCGCUUCACGGUGCCGGUGUUCAUGAACGAGCCGCUCAGCUUCCUGCAAAGACUCUCUGAGAACGUGCAGUACAAUUAUCUGCUCGAGAAGGCGGCCAAGUGCGAGGAUGAUCUGCAGAGAAUGGAGUACGUCGCCGCGUUCGCCCUCGCCACCGUUUCCGCGAAUCACAAGCGCCUCUCGAAGCCGUUCAAUCCGCUGCUCCUCGAAACUUUUGAGCUCGAACGGUGAGUAUCACAUUCGUUUCCAUUGAUCUCAAAUAUUUAUUUUCAGAAACGGCGUUCGUUUCCUGGCCGAACAGGUGUCUCAUCAUCCGCCAAUCUCUGCCGUCUACGCCGAAUCCGACGAAUUCACCGUAGAGGUAAGGGGGGGUCUAUUACGUAAAUGCUUUUUCCUUCUUCUUUUCCUUCUACUUGCUAGAGGAAAGCAGCAGCGAACCGGUCCUUGCGCAGUCAGCGAGAAGAAAAGUGAAAGUUGCAGGGUACCGUUGAACCGACGCUCGGAUUCUGGAUGACCAAGUUGAUUGCCAAUCCGCACGCUCACCUCAAAUUAACUUUCAAAAAGUAAGGGCACUUACAGAGAUAGAGAUCCCGUUUUUUCUUUUUUUCAGAUCCGGCGAAACGUACUCUUGGUCGGCGCCCAAAUGUGCCAUCUACAAUGUGAUCAUGGGAAAGAUGUACAUGAACUUUGUAAGUUCAAGUUCACCACACCGAUGCAUGUACUGUUCCCUUCAGACAAGUCACAUGAAAAUUGAGUCGUCCGGCACGUACGACGCCAUGUUCUCAUUCGAAAACAAAGGAUAUUACAACCACAAAGGCGGCGACGUGCACGUCGAAGGCCACGUCUUCGAGGGCAAGAACAAGGUGAAGGCGCUCUACGGCAACUGGACGCUCUUCCUCGCUUCCUGCGAGCCCAACGACUUCAAGACAAACCGCAAGGAGUACGUGCAGCUGUUUAACGAGACAGUACUUGAGAAGGAUCAGGGACCGGUGCUGCCGGGCUCGAAGAUCCUGUGGGUGGCGAAUCAGGUGCCGAAGCUCUUCGACGAACAGUUUCAUUUCACCAACUUCACCCUUUCGCUCAAUGAAAUGUACACGGGAUUGGCGGAAAGGUGGCGCCGACGGACAGCCGGAGACGGAAGGAUAUGAAGGCGUUGGAGGAGGGGAAGAACGAGGAGGCGGAGGAGUUCAAGCACAAGUACGAGGAGGAGCAGCGGAGCCGCCGAGCCAAGAAGACUGGCGAUGUGCCUCUGUGAGUUGGGAAGAAUCAUCGAAGACUCGAAAUGUUUUCCAGGUGGUUCGCGAAGAACGAGGACGGGCACUGGGCGUACAAGGGCGACUACUGGGCGCGCGAGUUCUCCAGCUGCCUCGACCUCUUCGAAUCGUGCGACAACAACAACAGUUCCCGCGAGCACAGCUCCUCCUCCUCCUCCUCCUCGUCGGCCGACUAA